CAGUCACCUGUGCAAACACACCUUUGACUCCGGACCAGUCCUCCACAGAACCCUCUGAUUGCUGAAAUGGUGGAGAAGUUCAGGAAGACCAGCAUCCAAGCUGUUGCUGCUGCUGCUGUUACUACACACGGCCACUAGAGGGCAGCAGUACUCCAUGAAUACAACACGCCACUCCCCAUCCAGGAAGUCUGGAGCGCCACAGGAUCCGGCGACUCUUAACUGUGGACACAAUUACUGUUUGGGUUGUAUUGAGGGCUGCUGGAAUGAGGAAGAUGUGAAGGGCGUUUACAGCUGUCCUCAGUGCAGACAGACUUUCACACCAAGACCUGUUUUAAAGAAGAAUUUUAUUAUGGCUGAGCUCGUGGAUCAAAUGAAGAAAUGCAGAAUACAAACUGCAGCUGCUGUUGAAUGUGCUGCUGGACCUGGAGAUGUGGCCUGUGACGUCUGCACCGGUAGAAAACUCAAAGCUGUCAAGUCCUGUCUGGAGUGUGUGGUAUCAUACUGUGACACUCAUUUAAAAACUCACAAUGAAGUUAACCCAGGCAGAAAUCACACCAUGACUGAUGCCACAGGCCAGCUACAGGAGAGGAUCUGCCCCCGCCAUAAGAAGCCUUACGACAUAUUCUGUCGCACCGACCAGAGUUGCAUCUGCUAUCUGUGUACUAUGGACGAUCACAAAGGCCACGACACGAUCACAGCUACGGCAGAAUGGAGUCAGAAAAAGGAUGGUUUGGGUCAGAGCCAGAGGAGAUCCCAGCAGAUACUCCAGUUGAAGGAGAAGGAGCUGCAGGAGCUGAGGAAGGCUGUGGAGACUCUCAAGUCUGGUACACAGACAGCAGUGGAGGAGAGUGAGAGGAUGUUUACUGAGAUGAUCCGCUCCAUUGAGAGAAGGUGCUCUGAGGUGACAAAGCUGAUCAGAGCUCAGGAGAAGGCUGAGGUGAGUCGAGCUGAAGGACUCCUGAAGCGACUGGAGCAGGAGAUUGCUGAGCUGAAGAGGACAGAUGCUGAGAUGACACAACUGUCACUGACACAGGAUCCCAUCCAUUUCCUCAAGAACAUUGCGUCCAUCACUGGGAGUCCUUACAGCACAAUUUCAACCAGCGUGACCUUCAGCCAAAGCUUCUCCUUGGAGCCCCUGAAGGAAUCUGUGUCUGCACUGAAGAUGCAGCUGGAGGAGAAAUUAGAUUCAGUCUUCAAGCAGGAAAUAGUCAGGAUAUCUGCAGCAGUGUCUGAUGGCCAGGCUCUUAUUGCUGAACCAGUGACCAGAGAGGACUUCUUACAGUAUUGCUGUCGCUUCACUGUGGAUCCAAACACAGCAUACAGAGACCUCCAUCUGUCAGAGGGGAACAGGAGGGUGGAGAGGAGACUUGAGGACCAGUCAUAUCCUGCUCAUCCAGACAGAUUUGAUGUGUAUCCUCAGGUGCUGUGUAGAGAGGGUGUGUCUGCACGCUGCUACUGGGAGGUUGAGAGGAGUGGAGAUGUUGAUAUAGCAGUGUCAUAUAAAAGCAUCAGCAGGAAAGGACGGGGUGAUGAGUGUUGGUUUGGACGUAAUGAUCAGUCCUGGAGUCUGCUCCUCACCAGCUCCAGCUCCUCUUUCUACCACAAUAAGGAAGUGACUAAACUCCCUCUAGUGGCCAGCUCCAGAAUAGGAGUGUAUGUGGAUCACAGGGCAGGAACUCUGGCCUUCUACAGCAUCUCUGGAGACACAAUGACCCUCCUGUACAGAGUCCACACCACAUUCACACACACACUCUACCCUGGCUUUGGGUUUGAGUUGUUUGUUGGUGGAUCAGUGAGGCUGCUGUGAGGCCCCUA